ACUUGAUAAAAUAAUGAAUGUGUAAAACAUAACUUCUGUAUUGUUUGUACUGUUUGACGCUUCUCCGCCACAGUCCAACUUCGCAAGGAAUGCGGAAGCACUUCUUGUCGUUACAGAAAUCUGGUUAGAGCGAUUUUUUUUAAUCAUAAGCGCUAAUGGUACAGUACUUCCUAUUUUAAUUUUUAUGUUAUUAAAAUAAUGAUUUUUUUCAAAACUCACAUUGCGGUUGUCUUGUGUGGCCUGUUUUCUACCAAUUAGUUUGCAGAGUUUGCCAAUUAUUGCGCUGCUGUUUGCAAGUUGUGAACUGCGUGGGCCGCCAUUUUAUUUGUUUACACCAUGACGUGUCUUUAACGACCUAUCAGCAGCGAGUUUCAGGGAAAGCCAACAACCAAUCACGUACGUACCCACUCCCCAGGGACGUGGGUUAGGAUGCGUUAAAAUUCGCACAGAUUUGUCAUAAAAGGCUAAACUUAACGUGUCAGUGUUGUUCUUAAUAGGGCAAUUCGUGAUUUGGGUGGCCAUCGCCGGGUCUAUUGAGACGUCUUAACCGAAAUCCGAUCACCCUGUGCCGGCUUCACUGAGCAGCUGAACACCGCUAAGCUCCCAUUAACUGCCAGCAAUGGCCCCCACGGGCAAAAACGUCAUGCUGUUCUUCGCUCUUUCUCUGGUCCACACGGUCCAAGGUUUGGAGGCAACGGCGGACGAAUGCGCUGAUAUGAGCAACACCACCUGGCAGCAGUACCGCCAGCAGAGGCAGCAGCGAGCGCAACCGCAGGUUCGCUACCUACUGAUGACCCGAGAGCAUCUGGGCUGCGCGCGCCCCUUUCACCAGGUUCCGGGAAGCUCCUUCAACGCCACGCGGCCCACCAAGAUCGUCAUUCACGGAUACAGGGCCCUGGGCAGCAAGCCUUCGUGGGUUUUGGAUCUGGCCGAGGCGCUGCUGGAGGUGGAGGACGUCAACGUGCUGAUGGUGGAUUGGGUGCACUGCGCCUCGUUUGCGUACAACCUGGUGGUGGACAACUACAAGGAGGUGGCCCUGCAGAUUUCCGUCCUCGUCAACCGGCUGCAGAAAGAAGGAUGCAAGCUGGAGACGUUCCACUUCAUCGGCAUCAGUUUGGGGGCGCACGUGGCCGGAUUUGUGGGAACGCUCUUUGAGGGAAAGAUCGGCAGAAUCACGGGUUUGGACCCGGCCGGUCCGAUGUUUAAGGGCGCAGACACCUUCGACCGCCUGGACCCAUCCGACGCGCAGUUUGUGGACGCCAUCCAUACCGACUCAGACUACUUCGGCAUCUCCAUCCCGGUCGGCCACGUGGACUUCUUCCUGAAUGGCGGAAAUGACCAGACGGGAUGCGCACGAUCCCGGUUUGCCUCUGUUUUGGGCUUCAUUCCAGUGUACGGCUAUGUGAUUUGCGACCACAUGAGGGCGCUGCAAGUGUACAUGAGCGCUCUAAAUGCGUCGUGCUGGCUGAGCGGCGUGCCGUGUGACACCUACCAAAACUUCCUCCAGGGACGAUGCCUCCACUGCGACGUCUUCCGGGGAACGUGUCCCACUAUCGGUUUGUCCGAAAACUGCGGCAUCAGGUCAUCUCCUCUCCCCACCGAGCAGAAAUUGUUCCUCCUCACCACGUCUCGGCCUCCCUUCUGCGCUCAUCACAUCCUGCUUGUGUUGGAAGCGUCCGCUCUAACUAAAAGCGCAGAAGUGGAAGUGACGCUGACUACCGGAGACCUGGAGACACGACAACGACUCCGGCUUCAAACAGACACAACAGUGUACAAGGCGAUGCUGGCUCACCCGGCGGCGCUGUGUGAGAUUCGCUCCAUCACGCUGAAAAACACGGGUGCUCGCUUCUACCGGCAGAACGACGUCCACCUCAAGUCCAUCUGCCUGUCCCAAAUCGCCUCGCGCACGCGCGAGGAGCCACUGUGCGUGAACAACAUCAACGUUAGGCGAGGGUCGCCGUGGUCACAUGACUUUGUGCAGGUGUGCAACCACUUCUGACACCCCCUUUAGAGGCAAAACGUGGAAAAAUCCAAGCGGAAAGAAAAUGCAGCGUCACAGCAAAAUGGAGACUGUGGAGUAGGCAAACAUGAACAUGGAGAUCUUAUUUUAUUGUGGUUUCUAGCCACCAAUCCUCAAGUGGAGACAGUACAGAAGUCCAUGUCAGCAUGUGUGUUUAUUGUUGUCAUUUUACACACGAUUUACAUUGAAACAGGCUAAAAAAAUAGCAGCUAAGCACAGCCUGUACAUGAAGCAUUCCAGGAAGGAGACUGUCCCAAAACAACAUUUUCAUUGCACGAAAGCUUUAUGGAGAAAUGUUGGCCCCCUGUAAUUGGACAAUUUCACAUUAUAUUGGUGCAUGUUUAAUAUUAAGAGGAAAAAAACGUGCCCACGGCUAACUACAUUAACACAUUGUUUUUAUUUACAGAGGAAGCUCUCAAUUUCUUUUGUGUUUUUGAACAAAAUGAUAUUAAAUGAGCACAAGUGAUGUGUGAAUCGAAACAAACACA